AGAGCGAAAGUGAAAGCGGCGGCGGCGGCGGGCUGGGGUGCGCGCGCUUCGGCUUCGCCCUCCUCCGUCGCCCCCUCGAACCCCGCAGCGGCGGGCGCAGCAUCCCUGGCGGGCACGAUGCAGCGGGGAAGGCAGGACGAAGUGGAGCUGGAGAAAAGUGUUCGUCGACUCCGAGAGAAAUUUUAUGGGAAGGUGAACAUCAAAACUGCUACGGUGCUGAUGAGGCAGUUCUGCAACAAUCAUGAGCUCGCUUGUAGACGCAUCAUUCUCUGCAAAAAUGAUCUGGAAGAUACAGACCCAGAAGACGGAGCGAGCCUCGAUGAUGAUCCUGUGGCUUUGAGAGUGGUGGAUAAACUGGAACAAGAAGAGGAGCAGAAGAAACAGAAACAAAAUGACAAGAGUGAUGAGAAAAUAAAGUUACAGGAGGUGGCUCAGCAGCUGAAGUGCUUGCCUCUGACGCAGAAGAACCUGCGCAUGUUUGACAAUGCCGAAAAGAACCGCAUCCCACACGAAGACCGUCAGUUUUCCUGCCAGCCCUGUGACAGUAUGUGGUGGCGUCGAGUCCCAAAGAGAAAACAGGUGUCCCGUUGUCGACUGUGUAAGAACAGCUAUGACCCAGUGCCUGAAGACAAAAUGUGGGGCACAGCAGAGUUCGCUUGCCCCUCGUGUGGACACACCUUCAGUGGUUUGGCCCAGAUGGGGACCCCAUCUCCCUGCUACAGGUGCCACAGCCCUGUUCUCCCGAGUUUUAUCAUCCCACCUCGCAAGAACCAGGGGCCAAGAAGCAGACAGCAGCAUUCGUGUUUUGCAGAGGAUUGCUACAACCGAAGAGAGCCCCAUAUACCAGGAACUCACUGUGUGCAUCCCCGAAGCCGUGCCAAGAACAGGUUGCCCAAAGUCAUAUACCCCAGCCAAGAGCAUGAUAGUACCGGCUCCACGGUGGCCACCUGCUUAAGUCAAGGCAGCUUGGCAUUCUGCAACCUCGAUGAGCUCAUCCUGGAGGACCUGAAGGAAGAGGAGGCUGGCGAGAUCAGCAAUUAACCCCUGGAUGUCUGGAGUGGGAAUAGAUGGGAGAUGAAUGCCAGGUUGCAAACUAGUGAGCAUGGCUGGGAAGGGGGUCUUUUUUUCCAUUCAAGCUGAAUGAUUCUAAUUAUGCACAUGAAUUCCCCAUUGAUCAUUUCUGGGCUUCUCUUUGGCUCUGCACUUCACCUUUUCUUCAUCUUUUAGAUGUAUCUUAGCCAUAGAUUUAAACUGGUUUUAAUAGUCAUCCUCUCUCCACAAUUCUCACCACCCUCACCCACUACUGUGUGGAUGUGUUCCAUCUUAUGUCCAAUCAGCCCUCCUUGACAUCUCCCAUUGGAGCCAGUUGUCUGUGGAACUUGGUGAUGUCUUAACUUCCAGUGGUUAAACUGACCUUAAAAGAACUAAGAGGCUUUUCAAAGAUAACGCUUCUGUCCUGUUCAUCAUGAUCUUUUACCAGCUCUUUGAACUUUCAUAAGAAGUUGGCAUGAGAGGAUCAUGUUUGUGUGUGUUCUGGUGGGAAAACUACUACGGUGCUUGUCAGUAGUUUCCAUUAGCUCAGAGGUGGUUAACCUGUAGCACUAUUGUCCCAUCAGCUCCAGCAACAUUGAAAAUAACCAUGGCUGAUGGGAGUUGUAGUUCAGAAUGAGGUCCCCAUUCUUGUAACAGGUGGAGUCAUGGUUAGAAAGAAUGCAUGUUGCUUCAUGCUCUAGGAAAACUCUCCAAACCCAGCAAGACAUGGAGGAGGUGGAGGAGGUGGCCAAGUUUCUUUUUCUUAUGUUGCUACAGCUUUAGGAUCUAGAGCAGGCAUCCCCAAACUGCGGCCCUCCAGAUGUUUUGGCCUACAACUCCCAUGAUCCCUAGCUAACAGGACAAGUGGUCGGGGAAGAUGGGAAUUGUUGUCCAAAACAUCUGGAGGGCCGAAGUUUGGGGAUGCCUGAUCUAGAGUGUAGUUGGCUGAGGCUGAAAAUAUCCAUACUGUACUAGUAAGGUGUCUUUUCUCAGGGAGGUUGCAGAAAGAAUGGGAACAUUGCAGCUUGACCUUUUAAGCAAUGCUCUCUGCCUCCUAGAGCUUGUGUGGCUAGAAAUAAAAAGGCUCAGGGAUGGAGAAGUUGGAGGAACCUUAUUGGGGUAGCUGUGCUCUGUUAACAGUCCUGUUCAGAGAACCCAGUUCCCUUCCCAUUGAGCGUGUAGAAAAGGCAGUUUUAUGUGAAUCUUUCUUGUUAUAAAAACUUGUUGUAAACCACUUUGGGAACCCAUUUUAGGACUGAAAGGCAAUAUAGCAAUGUUUUACCAAAUACUGUAAGGUAAUUUGUGCAGGAUUUGUGAUAUUAGCAUUGAUCUUGGAAAAACAAAUCAGUACAGGGUGCUGUAUCUUAAUCUCCAAUUUGAAAGGUUUCAGAUCUACAACACUCUGUCUCAUGUUUAUGGGCAAAUGUUUUCUAUCAUGUAUGUAGAUAUGUAGAUAUUAUUUCUUGCCCUGGUGCAUUAAAAUAUGGGUGCAAUUAAAAUCAUGUUUUCUCCCCCACCAUUGAAA